CAGCAGACUACACGAUCGUUUCAUUUGGAUCCUCUUUGCAUAAAUGCUUCCAACUUGUUUGUCGGUCUCGCUAACUGAUCCGGCGUGGUAUUGUAUUUUAAACAUACUAUUGCAAUCUCCAGCACCUAUUAUCCCAGCUAAUAAAUUUGACCUAUUGUUCGUUUGUUAAAAUGAUGUCACCUUGGAACAGUCCCUAAGCUACCGUUUCAAUGAAUUGCCAGCUGAUGAGAGGUGGGAGCCAAUCGUGGCGCAGAGGCUUGCUCCUCUCCGCCAAUCCCCGUAGCAGGAAAUACAUUCGACGCUGAAAGUCGAGCUUUGGUUCAAAAGGAUGACACAGAGCCUAUCGGGCUUGACCAAGCUUGGCAAAGUUUCAGUCUCCAUCCAGCAGGACGUACAUGGAGCCGGUGUAAAGGAGGACGGGGAUUGUUGUAAAGGAAUAGCCAAUUUUUCUAUUGACACAGGAUGGAUCAGCCCACAAACACACAGACCCAACACCAACAUGAACCCAUUAGCUUUGGGAUUGACCAGAUCCUCAACAACUCGGACCAGGAAAACUCUGUCGCUUCCCGAGUUUCCGACACCGCCAGCUACCUGAGCAGUCCGAUCAGCCGCUCCUGUGCCCCCUACUCGUCCCUGCCAUCUUCCUUCCCUGGCAUCUUUGACGACUCGGGAUCUUACAGUGUAAACCUAAGUCUGGCUCCAGCUGGAGUCAUCAGAGUGCCAGCUCAUCGACCUAUCCCUGGUGCCGUCCCACCUCCCAUCUCCAGUGCCAUCCCAACCAUGCCAUCUGUGCCCGGCCUUGGCAGCCUUAACUUCCCCUGGAUGGAAAGCAGCAGAAGAUUUGUCAAAGAAAGAUUCUCAGCUGCUGCAGCCCUGACCCCCUUCACAGUGACCCGCAGGAUCGGACACCCUUAUCAGAAUCGGACGCCUCCCAAGCGAAAAAAACCGCGAACGUCUUUCUCCAGAGUCCAGAUCUGCGAAUUGGAGAAGCGAUUUCAUCGCCAGAAAUACCUGGCUUCUGCAGAGAGAGCCGCCCUCGCCAAAUCCCUGAAAAUGACCGACGCUCAAGUCAAGACAUGGUUCCAAAACAGGAGGACAAAAUGGAGGAGACAGACAGCCGAGGAGAGGGAAGCGGAGAGACAACAGGCGAACAGACUGAUGCUGCAGCUGCAGCACGAUGCGUUCCAAAAAUCGCUCAGCGACUCCAUCCAGCCGGACCCGCUGUGUUUGCACAACUCUUCUUUAUUUGCACUUCAGAAUCUUCAGCCCUGGGAUGAAGAAGGCAAUAAGAUCCCUCCUGGCACCACCCUGGUGUGAGGGCAACAACAACAUCAAAAAAACGUUCAUUACAAACGUUUAUGAUAAACUAAAGAUUGUUACAUAAUAACGUGUCUCCGACGGAUUGAAGGGUCUACACUGGCCUCGGUCCGGGCAGGGAUUGGGCUGACCGCUUGGCAAGGCUGGAGCCUUCUACCAGUGCUGGGAGGACUGCCAAUGGAAGGCAGCACAGGACCAGGACAGUCUUCUGGAUGGCCAACAUAGGGAUCGCUUAUAGUUUACAUCCAUUUCAACUAUCUUCAUCAUUUGAUUUUUAUUAUGUCCAAUUAAAUAUAUCUAUAUAUAUACAUUCACAAACACAGCAUAA